AUGCCCUACCUGUACCAGGACUCGAAACCGAGGCCACCCAUGCCGCCCAGGACAGCGCGUGCCACCCACAGCUCAGGGAAAGCCUAUGAGGAGUUGAAGCAGGAGUGUCUGUGCAGGGGGGUCCUCUUUGAGGACCCUGACUUUCCUGCCUGCAACUCCUCCCUCUUCUUCAGUGAAAAGCCACCUAUUCCCUUCAUCUGGAAGAGGCCCAGGGACAUUGUCAAAGACCCCAAGUUUAUUGUUGGAGGAGCCACAAGAACUGACAUUUGCCAAGGGGAUCUUGGUGACUGCUGGCUAUUAGCAGCCAUAGCUUCUCUCACACUGAAUGAAAAAACACUAGCAAGAGUGGUGCCACUGGAUCAAAAUUUUGGGCCAGAUUAUGCUGGAAUAUUUCAUUUCCAGUUUUGGCAGCACAACGAGUGGCUGGAUGUCAUGAUUGAUGACAGAUUACCCACGUUCAAGGACCGGUUGGUUUUCCUGCACUCAGCUGAGCACAACGAAUUUUGGAGUGCCUUACUAGAGAAAGCCUAUGCCAAGCUGAACGGCAGCUACGAGGCUCUGAAGGGAGGCAGCACAAUAGAAGCCAUGGAGGAUUUCACUGGGGGUGUAGGAGAAAUGUAUGAGGUUAAAAAGGCUCCUGACAAUUUCUAUGAAAUCCUAGAGAAAGCUCUGAAAAGAUGCUCAAUGGUGGGCUGCUCUAUCGAUACCAGCAGUGCUGCUGAGUCAGAAGCCAAAACCCCCUUCGGUCUUAUAAAGGGCCAUGCUUACUCGGUGACUGGCAUCGAUGAGGUGAGCUAUCGGGGCCGGCAAGUGCAGCUUAUAAGGAUAAGGAACCCCUGGGGACAGGUCGAGUGGAAUGGCCCUUGGAGCGACAACUCUCUGGAAUGGCGUUCGGUAAGCCCAUCAGAGCAGAGGCGCUUAUCUCAAGCAGCGCAGGAUGAUGGAGAGUUCUGGAUGAAAUUUGAAGACUUCAAAGUGCAUUUUGAUAAAGUUGAGAUCUGCAACCUCACUCCAGAUGCCCUGGAAGACAGCACUGCCCACAAGUGGGAGGUGACCAUCCACCAGGGCAGCUGGGUCCGGGGAGCCACCGCAGGAGGAUGUAGAAAUUUUCUAGAGACUUUCUGGACAAAUCCACAAAUCAAGCUACAUUUGACAGAGAAAGAUGAUGGACAAGAUGACUGCACGUUCAUAGCAGCUCUGAUGCAAAAGGAUCGCCGCAAGCUCAAGAGGCUUGGCGCUGAAAUGCUAACCAUCGGCUACUCUAUUUAUGAGAGCCCCAGCAGAGAUGGACACUUGGGCAAAGACUUCUUCAGGUACCACCCCUCCAAAGCCAGGAGCAAAACCUACAUCAAUUUAAGGGAAGUAUCUAACCGAUUCAAGCUGCCACCGGGUGAUUACAUUAUUGUUCCAACCACAUUUGAGCCACACCAGGAGGCAGAUUUCUGCCUGAGAAUUUUCUCUGAGAAGAAGGCCAUCACUGAGGAUCUAGAUGAAAACGUUGCCAUUGAUCUCCCUGAGCCUAUAAACCCAACCCCACAAGAAACUGAAGAAGAAAAGCAGUUCCGGGCACUGUUUGAGCAGAUUUCAGGAAAGGACAUGGAGGUAUCUGCAGAAGAACUCCAAUAUGUUCUGAAUGCUGUAUUACAAAGAGCAAAGAAUAUCAAAUUCAAGAACUUAAGUCUCAUUUCAUGCCGAAAUAUAGUUUCUCUUAUGGAUACUAGUGGCAAUGGGAAACUGGAAUUUAGCGAAUUCAAAGUUUUCUGGGAAAAACUGAAGAAAUGGAUAAAUAUCUUUCUUCAGUUUGACUUUGAUAAAUCUGGCUCCAUGUCUUCCUAUGAGCUUCGCAGUGCUCUUAAAGCUGCAGGAUACCAACUCAACAAUUAUCUGCUGCAACUGAUUGUCCUCCGCUACUCUGAUGAGCAGUUCCAGAUUGAAUAUGAUGAUUUUCUGAACUGCUUAAUUCGCUUAGAGAACGCAAGUCGAGUAUUCCAAGCACUGAGUGUGAAAAACAAUGAGUUCAUUAACCUGAAUAUAGGCGAGUUUAUCAACCUGGCAAUGAACAUCUGA